AUGGAGGAACAGAGUCAGAUGGAUCUGACGUACAUCACGGAGCGCAUCAUCAGCAUCCUCUGUCCUGCCGGGUGUCCUGAGGACACGUACCUGCAGGACCUGCAGGAGAUCGUCCCCAUGCUGCAGUCCAAGCACGGACACAACUACAUGCUCAUCAACCUCUCGCAGAAACAUCCGGCUCUCACCCAGAUGAACCAUAAGGUUUUGAGCACAGGAUGGCUGGAGCACCACGCUCCCAGCUUGGAUCAGAUCUUUAACGUGUGCACAACGAUGGAGAACUGGCUGCUAACUCACCCGAAGCACGUCCUGGUGUUACACUGCAGGGGAGACAAAGGCCGGCUUGGGGUCCUGGUGGGAUCUUACAUCCACUUCAGCAACAUGUUCCCCAGCCCAGACCUCUCUCUCGACCACGUUGCCAUGAGUUUCUACAACGACAAGCUGUCCGCUCAGAUGACCCCCUCACAAAAACGGUACGUUUGGAUGCUGCGCAGCGUGCUAACCAGAGGACUGAGGAUGAGUCCGUCUCCGUUCUUCCUCCUCUGUGUUGUUCUUUAUGGUCUUCCCAAAAUGAGAGCAGAUGGAGGCUGCUGUCUGUUCCUGAGGGUUUACCAGAGCCUGCAAGCUGUUUGCACGUCAGCACUUUACCACCUCAACGCAGCUCAGGACCGACUCUACGUCGUGCUUCAGCCGGCGCAGCUGCUCAAAGGAGACAUCAUGGUGGUCUGCUACGAUAAAAACAGCCGGUCUGCGAGUCGUCGUGUAGUCUUCCGACUUCAGUUCCACACGGGACUCGUGGUCGGACGCACCCUCUCGUUCUCCAAGGCCGACCUUGACUGCGCGUGCGAAGAUCCUCGCUUCCCAGAUGAUGGAAAGGUGGACCUGGUGUUCUCUGGAAACCCUGAGAAGAUCGCAGGUUCUGAGCUGUGGCACAACAGCAGCUCUGUGACGGUGGACUACGACACCCUGGACCCUUUGGUCCGACGAGACUCGUAUCACAGCUCAUCUUUUGACGCAGCUCCUCCUCACCUCCUGGGCCCUGGAAAUGAAAGUUUGUACUCGGAAGUGAAGAAGAAGAGUAGUGAAGGAGAUUCCCUCGCUCUGACCACCGGCAGUCCGAGCUGCAGAGACCGAGUACCGUCUGCCAGCAGCGACUCCGGCCUGUCCAUUACCUCACAGGGCCGAACCGAAACCAGGCUGAGAAGAGGGCCCUCACGGGACCAGUGGAUCCAGGGAGGGAAGCUGAUCUUUGGGGUAGACUCGGAGCCUACCCAGCCUCUUCUGGUCAUGACUGAGGUUGCUUUGCCUCGCCGUGGGGCGGGAGGGAUGACUGGAGACGAGUCUGGACUGGGACACACCAUCAAUGGAGAGGCUUCAUCGAGCGAGAGGGAGACGGACAUCCUGGACGAUGAGGAUGAAGGAGGACCAGGCUCUGCUUGCUCCCUGUCCUCUGAAAACACGCCUGAAAGUAAGAAACCGGAGUACUCCACUCACUCCUGGGUGCGGCAGCAGCAGAUGGUGGAAGCCGCCCCUGAUAGUUUGCUUCCCGUGGGCGCACAGGGGAAGUCAAACAGGCCGGAGAGAGACGGACCACCACCUCUGGUGGUUCCUGAAACACCACCUCGAGGACUCAGCAGCAGGGAGGCAGUGCAGAGAGGCCUGACGGUCGAGGACACAGCACACGACUCCCAGUCUGCUAAUACCACAUCGUCCUGUCAGGAAGAUGAACUGGCUUCAUUAACGACAGACAUCGAUGUGUCCAUAGAGCAGCUGAACCAGCUCAUUCUGGACUUGGACCCCACGUUUGUUCCUGUUCCUACACGCUGUUCCCCUCUGACCCGCUCCGCCUCUCUAAACACCAACGGCCUCAGCCUCAAAGGACGUACCCAUCAGUCAGGCUGGAAACAGCAGAAACAUUUCAGUGACGUGAUGGGUCACACCGGUCUGCAGAGUCCAAGAUGGAGAGGGGGUGGACCUCAGAGCUUUAAAGGCCCCUCGGCCAACAGUCCCGCCUUCUCGUCCUCGCAGCAUGGGCAUCUCAACAAGACCAACAGUGUGGACUUUUGCAGCCAAAUGGACAGCUCGGACAUCUCCCCUGUAACUCCAACAUUCCCGAUGUCUCCUCCAACGCCCUACGUGAAACAUUUCUCAGAGUUUUCCCAGCUCGGGGCAGGCGGGCAGUGGGACGAGCACAGCUGGACAGAAGAGGCCCAGAGUUUCCUGGACGGUAUGAUCCACGGGGGCUCUGCAGACGGAGAGCUGUUCCGGUCAGACGUGCCGGUCGCCCCCGCUUCCUGCCAGAGGACCUUCGGCUCCGUGCGCUCAGCAUCGUCAGGCAGCCCCCUCCCACACACGAACAGCUCCACUCCUCCUCCACUUUGGCUCGACAGAACUCCAAACUCCCUGAACUCCCCAUAUCCCCCCCAACCUUCACCCCCUCUCUCCCUCCACUCCCCCAAUGCCCACAGUUCUCCCAGGGGAGCGUCGAGGGGCCCGAGGGUGCGCAACGGGGCCAACAGCACAGAUUUGUCCUCGUUGUUGAUUUUGGGCAACGGCGGCCUGGAUCACAGCCUGUUGGACGCCGUGGAGGGUCUCGGGAGUCUGACUCUCGGGGGAGACGGGGGGCUCGCGCCGCUGCUGCCCGAGAAAAAAAGAGCAGGUGAGGGGGGAGAGCUCGGCUCACGCUCCCCACCUCUGAGCGGAUUCUCCAGCCCUCACAGCGACAGCGGCUUCAGCAUCCGGUUCUCCUCCUCCAUGACCCCUGACCCGCUCAGAGGACUCGCUGAGGCCCAUUCACCCGGAGCAGAUUCAGGCAGUAAGCAGGAUAAUGUGAAGUUUGUUCAGGACACAUCUAAGUUCUGGUACAAGCCCGACAUUUCCAGAGACCAAGCCAUCGCAGUGCUGAAAGACAAAGAGCCGGGCUCGUUCAUCGUCAGAGACAGCCACUCGUUUCGAGGGGCCUACGGAUUGGCCAUGAAGGUGGCCACGCCUCCUCCGACUGUGUUACAUCACAGUAAAAAAGGAGACCUGUCCAACGAACUGGUUAGACACUUCCUGAUAGAGUGCACGCCGAAAGGAGUUCGCCUCAAAGGCUGUCCCAACGAGCCGUACUUUGGAAGUCUCACAGCUCUGGUGUGUCAGCACUCCAUCACCCCCCUGGCUCUGCCGUGUAAACUCAUCCUGCCUGACAGAGACCCGCUGGAGGAGCUGAAUGACUCUUCACCACCGUCUGCAACAAACUCUGCAGCUGAACUUCUCAGACAGGGUGCAGCGUGUAACGUGUGGUACCUGGGCUCCGUGGAGAUGGAGUCUCUGACGGGACAACAGGCGGUCCAGAAGGCGACCACGGUGACGCUGUCCGCUGACCCUCCGCCGCCCUCCACCGUGGUCCACUUCAAGGUGUCGGCUCAGGGAAUCACGCUCACCGACAACCAGAGGAAGUUGUUCUUCAGGAGGCACUACGCCGUCAACACCGUCAUAUUUUGUUCUUUGGACUCGCAGGGAAGGAAGUGGACGAGGGGCAGCGGCUCCACUGCAAAGAUAUUUGGGUUUGUAGCCAAGAAAUCUCAGAGUGACACUGAAAACGUGUGCCACCUGUUUGCUGAGCACGACCCGGAGCAGCCGGCCAGCGCCAUCGUCAACUUUGUCUCGAAGGUCAUGAUCGGCUCGCACAAAAAAUGAAAGGACAAGGAGGACACAAACAUCCCUUCAAUAUGAAAACAUAAAAAGGA